AUGUCAAAGAAGGUAUGUAGUGUGAUUAUUGAUGGUGGUAGUUGUACUAAUGUUGCAAGCACAAUUAUGGUGGAAAAAUUGGGACUACCCAUGUUGAAGCACCCUAGAUCAUACAAGUUGCAAUGGUUAAAUGAUGGUGGUGAGAUAAAGGUGAACAAGCUGGUGUUAGUUGCAUUUCGAAUUGGUAAAUACGAAGAUGAAGUGUUGUGUGACGUAGUAUCAAUACAAGCUGGACACUUAUUUCUAGGGCGUCCAUGGCAGUUUGAUACGCAUGUUAAGCAUGAUAGCUUUACGAACAAAUACUCUUUUGUACUUAAUCAACGAUCAAUCACUCUUGUACCAUUGAGUCCGCAGCAAGUAUAUGAGGAUCAAGUGAGAUUGCAAAAAGAGAGCGAACAAAAGAAAAGGAGUGAAAAUCAGAGAGAGGCUGAGAAAAAUGAGAGAGAAAAAGAAAAUCAAAACUCAGCCAUUGAGAGAAAAUUAGGGAGAAAACAAACGAAUUUCUAUGCAAAAGUGAGUGAAAUUAAGCGAGCAAUGUUUUCAACUCAGCCGAUUAUUGUACUUUUGUACAAAAAGGCAUGUCUGAAUACUAACGAACCUGACUUUGCUUUGCCUAGUUCUAUUGUUUCUCUUUUACAGGAGUAUGAGGAUGUCUUUCCCGAGGAAACACCACAUGGGUUACCUCCAAUCCGAGGGAUUGAACAUCAAAUUGAUUUUGUUCCUGGUGUGACAAUUCCAAAACAACCAGCCUAUAGGAACAAUCCCGAGGAUACAAAGGAGCUUCAACGGCAGGCAGAUUUGUAG